AUGAAUUACCAGGUGCGGCCCCCAACGCAGAGGACGAUCUCGUACGGAACGGGUCGCUCGGACCCCAGCUCGCAGGGAGACAACAUGGACAGCUACUAUGACGAAGCCAGGUACCUGAGCAAAGAACAAAUGAAGGCAUACAUAUACAAAAUGAAAAAAGAAAUUCAGGAUUAUAAAAUGAGGGAAAUGAAUUACAAAAUAGAAAUAAAAUAUCUGAGGAGAAAGAUAGAGAGGUUAAAAGGGAUUAUACAGAAUGAUACAUUUUUUUUACAUGACCACAGAGGGGGUUCUGUACGGAGUCACCACAGUGGGUUCUCUUUCACAAGUGGCAUGAACAAAGUUAAUUCAGAACACGGCAAGCAUGCCGAGUGGUACAGAAGGGGAAACGUGUCGGAGGGAAAUUACCACCACAGGGUGUUCACAAGGAAUUAUGACAGUGCUCGCUGUCGUGGUGGCCACGAUCGUAAUGGCAGUCGCAAUGGCAGUCGCAACCGCAGUCACGUCCCCUGCGAGGACAACCUCUCUGAGGCGAAAUUCUCAAACGUGUCUAUGAGAAGCAUCAACGCAAGUAUACACAACAGCAAGCGAAUGAGUGCGCGAAAGUUUCCUGAACGAUUUAGUGACACGUGCAGAAGGAGUGAUCGUCAUCCACUCAUUUAUUACAAAAAAGGACAAGAGAAUAAUAAUAAUGUGAGUGGACACAUGGGCCGAUCGAGCAAGCUCAAAAACCAUUUGGUGAGAGACCAUUUUGUUCACCCCAUUCCUAUACCCAGGAAAGUAAAAAAUGCUAAACCAGGUGAAGAUGGCAUGGUUAUGGAAAUGAGAAGAGGCUCCGAUUCUUUCCUCUCCAAUAGAAGCUGCUCCUGCACAUCAAAGUUCAAAGUGAAAAGUCACCUCAUUUCGAAUAGCAAGCAUAUGCGUAACGUGUCUACUCAUAUUAACAGUACCAUUGCGAAGGAUAUAAAAAGUUAUUAUAGCUCCAAGCAGAGCAUCCUAUCAGGUGCCAGUCAGGAAAAGUCCAAUCGCAACUCGUCAUCUCUUCAGAAAAGACCUAGUGCAGCAAAGGACGUGGAAGGAAAAACAGAUUCGUGUGGUACAAAGUUGAAUAUAGAAAACCUUAGUAAGUUAACUCCAAGAGAAAUAAAAAAAAAAUUCAAUUGUGAUUUGUUCGAUUAUGCUCAUCAUCAGAGAAUCCUUAGCAAAAAAUACACCUCCCCUUAUGCGUUUAAAAGGGAGAAAAGUGUGAACAGGAUUGCCAGCUGCGAUAAGGCCAUUCAACGGGACGGUUGCGUGGUGAAUGUAGAGGAGGGGGUGAAUGGGGACGACAACGGAGGAAUGAGCGACAGUGGGGACUCCAUUAAAAAGGUCAAACAGUACUUGGACCAGCAGAGGGAUAUGAGGAAUCAGCCCGCUAUGGCCAGCACCGCGCCUAGCACUAUGCCUGCUGUCGUUACCACCAGUGUGAAGAAGCAUGACGGGGUGUCAGCGAGAGGUCGGGCUAAAGAAGUUACCACUGGAACCGUCCUAAUCAGCAAGGGGGGGGAGAAAAACGAGGGUAAUUCAGACGCAAAGGGGAACAACAUCCAGUCGCGAGAUGGAACCAAGUUGAAAAAAAAAGAAACGAAACCACGACCAAACGUGUUAGAAAGUGUAAAGAAAGGCAUAGAGGCAGACAUCAAACAAAAUUUUAAAAAGGAGCUAGAGGAAUUAAAAAGAAGGAAAGACAUACUGGUGUCCAAGCGAAGUGAUUAUUGUGAUUUGUCUUUUGGCAGUACCAGCAGCAGUGGUAGCAGCCGCGGUCGUAGUAGCCGCGCUGGUAGCAGUCACGGUGGUAGGAAGGUCCAUGAAACGGUGGGGAACCCAGGCAAAGCUGUGAAUAACCCUUUGAAGGAAUCUAACAUUCUAAACAUCUCCUUCAAUGACCUUGAUAAGAGAAUAAGCAACUUAAAAAAUUAUUUGAAGAAUACCAACGCGUGA